AUGGCUGCUACAAGUGUCCAGCCUGGCACUCCCACGCUUCUAGCGUCCGAGUCAAAUGCCGCCCACGAUACAACGCCCUCCGCCCUUGAGGGCGAAUCCGACAAGGCUCGUCUGGAUCGCUUGGGCAGACAAAGGCCGGAGAAGCUACCUUCCCUUUGGUCAGAGAUCGGAUUCGUCUACUCGGUAGUCAUGUCACAGGCCCUCACGGAAUACUUUGUGUCUGGCUUCGACGUGAUCCUACCUACGGUUGUAGAAGAGCUGAAUAUUCCCUCCACCUCCAAAACCUGGCCCGCCAACGCCUUUUCACUCGUCGUUGCUUGCUUCCUGCUUACAUUCGGCCGCCUGGGCGACAUGUAUGGUGGCUACCCCGUCUAUAUAUGUGGUAUCGUCUGGUUCACCAUCUGGUCGUUCAUAGCUGGCUGGUCCCAGAACGAGCUCAUGAUGGACUUCUGCCGCGCCUUGGGUGGGCUAGGUCCCGCUGCGUACCUCCCCACUGGCCUCAUGCUCCUCGGAAGCUGUUACCGCCCUGGACCGCGGAAGAACCUGGUCUUUGCCAUCUACGGCGCAAUGGCCCCGCUAGGCUUCUACCUUGGAAUAUUCUUCGCCGGAAUCGCCGCUCAGUUGACCACAUGGCGAUGGUACUUCUUCGUAGGAACCAUCAUCUCCCUCAGCACCGGUGUCGUCGCCUACUUCGCUAUUCCGUCUGACAGAGAGGAGCGUAAGGGUAUGGGUGUGAAAAUGGAUUGGUGGGGGGCCGUCUUGAUAUCCGUCGGCCUCGUCCUUGUCGUAUACGCCAUCACCGAUAGCUCCAACGCUCCUCACGGCUGGGGUACCCCACGGAUCUACGCUCUCCUCAUCGUCGGCGUGCUGCUCCUGGCCGUGGCCGUCUACAUUGAAGGCUGGGUCGCAGAGCAGCCGCUCCUUCCAUUCGACAUCUUCCAUGUCAAGUACAUGAAGCCGCUCUGCAUCGCACUGCUCUUCUCGUACGGAAGUCUGGGCGUCUUCCUGCUUUACACCACGUUCUACAUGACCAAUAUCAUGGGAGGCGAACCGCUCCAACUCGUAGCUUGGUUCACGCCCAUGGCCCUCGGAGGAUGCAUCAUCUCGACCGUCGGCGGGCUGGUCCUCCAUCGGAUCCCAGGCACCGGCAUCAUCAUCCUAGCCGGCCUCGCCUGGAUCAUUUCCCCCCUGCUUUUCGCAAUCGCACCCGUGGGCGCCAACUACUGGGCCUACACGUUCCCCAGCAUGAUCUGCGCAACCAUCGCCAUCGAUCUCACAUUCACCGUGACCAACGUUUUCUUCACCACCAGCCUCCCCCUGAAGCGCCAAGGCCUCGCCGGCGCCCUCAUCAACACGCUCGUCCAGCUCAGCAUCGCCAUCUUCCUCGGCUUCGCGGACGUGGCGGCGGCGAACACGGAGCACCUGGGGCUGGCCCGGAGCUACAAGGCCGUCUUCUGGUUCGAGGUCGGCAUGGCGGCCGUCGCGCUGGUGCUGAUGGUCGGUUUCGUCAAGCUCGAGGCGGCGUCGAGCGACUUGACAGCUGACGAGAAGGCGGCGCUGCAGAUGGCGGCGGAAGCUGAAGCUGAAGCGGAGGCGGAGGCGGAGGCGGAGGUGGAGGUGGAGGUGGAGCUAGAGGUAGAGGAGGAGGCAAGAGGAGGUGGUGGCGGAGAAGCCGGGGAAAAGACGCGGGAGUAUCCGCCGCGUGAGGGACGGGAGCAGAAGUAG